GUCUCCGGCCGGUGAUUUGCCCGGGCGCCUCCGUGCGCUCGGCCAACGGCCUCUGAGACCGCCCACCCGAGCACCAGGGGAGCCGGCGGGCGGCGGCCCUCGCCGGGGACCCUCCAGCGGGCCCAGGGGGACAAAAGUGGCUCUAAAUCCAGCACGUGCAUACUGAGGCAAGUUAAUGGAUUUAAUAUGAAGCACAGAAGCAGAUAAUGCCAAAGAGCAAGCAGUAAUUGGUACACAUUUCUGGAAAAGCAGUGUCCGUGUUGUUAUGUACACCUCCAAAAAAGUUCAGAUCUGUAGGGGAAUUGUUGUGUAAAGUAAACAACUCCAGGGUAGCAGUAUUUUAAUAGCUUUUAUAGACGUGUAUUUACUGUAUUAAAAAUGAGUAAAAGAACAAGCAAUGACACAUCACUAGGAAGAGUGAGUGGGGCGGCCUUUCCUUCUCCCACUGCUGCUGAGAUGGCGGAAAUUAGUCGAAUUCAGUAUGAAAUGGAAUACACCGAAGGUAUUAGUCAGCGAAUGAGGGUCCCAGAAAAACUAAAGGUAGCACCACCAAACGCUGACCUGGAACAAGGAUAUCAAGAAGGAGUUUCAAACGCUAGUGUGAUUAUGCAAGUUCCAGAGAGAAUUGUGGUAGCAGGAAAUAAUGAAGACAUUCCAUUUUCAAGACCAGCAGAUCUUGACCUUAUACAGUCAACUCCCUUUAAGCCUCUGGCUCUAAAAACACCACCUCGUGUGCUUACGCUGAGUGAAAGACCGCUAGAUUUUCUGGAUUUAGAAAGACCUGCUCCAACCCCUCAAAAUGAAGAAAUUCGUGCAGUUGGCAGGCUAAAAAGAGAACGCUCUAUGAGUGAAAAUGCUGUUCGCCAAAAUGGACAGCUGGUCAAAACUGACUCCAUGUGGCACAGAUCAGAUUCUGCCCCAAGAAAUAAAAUUUCAAGGUUCCAGGCACCGAUUUCUACACUGGAGUACACUGUGACACCAUCGCCACCGCAGGUUCGGGUUUGCCCUCCCCGUAUGUUACCUGAAGAUGGAGCUAAUCUUUCCUCUGCUCGUGGCAUUUUGUCGCUUAUCCAGUCUUCCACUCGUAGGGCUUACCAGCAGAUCUUGGAUGUGCUGGAUGAAAAUCGCAGACCUGUGUUGCGUGGUGGGUCUGCUGCCGCCACUUCUAAUCCUCAUCAUGACAACGUCAGGUAUGGCAUUUCAAAUAUAGAUGCAAUGAUUGAAGGAACUUCAGAAGACAUGACAGUUGUAGAUGCAGCUUCAUUAAGACGACAGAUAAUCAAACUAAAUAGACGUCUACAACUUCUGGAAGAGGAGAACAAAGAACGGGCUAAAAGAGAAAUGGUCAUGUAUUCAAUUACUGUAGCAUUUUGGCUGCUUAAUAGCUGGCUCUGGUUUCGCCGCUAGAGGUAACCUCAGCUCUCAGAAAUAUUGUCUCAACAGCUGGAAAUAUAAAGAAUUUGCAAACUUCUUUGUUUUCUGUCUUUGCAUUGUAUGGCGUUUCACAGUCCACGCCCUGAAAAUGUAUUUCUCCCAGAAAGGAGGGGGAAGGACUUACAUGUGCAGAAGUAAAGGUAUAUUCUGUCACUUGACUGUAUUUACUUUUAACCAGUUCUGCCAUAACACCUACUUAAAAUUCACACUUUGCAUGUUUUGUAAAUAGGAUCUAGUUGUUUUUUUUUCUUUUUUAAGGAAUUUUUUUUUGCCUCUUCAGUCUGCACCACUAAUUCUGAGUGUGAGAAAGUGUAUAGAAAAUGGGUUUAGUGAAAUGUCUGUAAAGGAAAAAUAGUAAUUCAUUUUGUCCUAUUUGUAGUGAUUUCUCAAACCCUAUUAAACGAUUUAGUUAUAGACCUUUUUGCAUCCACAUUUCAACAUUAACACUACUGAAGUCCUGGUCUGGUGUCAGAUUUAAUAAAAUCAAGCCACCCCAUGUUUCAUGAUCCAAUGAAACAUGAUUGAUCCUCCAAUAAAAUAAUUCCUAACAUUUUCAGUGGUUUAUCUAAAAUGUGGGCAAAAAUGUGCAUUUUUAUCUUUAUUUUGCAGAUGGUUUUCUAUAAGGUACAUUUUUACUAAGUCCGUGUGUGAAUGAUUAAAAAAACUACAGAAUAAGGUACAAAUGUAGUGUAUUUAAUAAACUGUCAACCAAAGCUAUAUUUGUCUGUUGAAAGAUUUUAUUUCAUC